AUGCAAGAGUUUUUGAUGAUAAAAAGACCAUAAGCUUGGAAGCAAUUUAAAUUUAAUUUAGGAAAACCAAUAAAAUGGGUGUCAUAAUUUUAAAAAUAAUCAUCUUAAUAUUAAAGAUUCGACUAAAUAUAAGAGCUAAAUAAAUAUUAGAUUAUGGGCACAUUUUCUUUGUUUUUUGUAUUUAUUUUCGCUUUAGGAAACCUCUUCAAUAAAUAUAAUAUCUAUCAUUAGAAAGAUUAAAUGAAUUAAAUAUCUGAAAAUGAUUUAGCUUAAAUUAUAACAGAAGUUAGUCGAGAGUAAAAAGAUAAAAAAGAAUUAUAUAAAUCAGAUUAAAAUAGAUUAGGCGCUACUGUAGAAUAAAUAAGUAAUUCAGCUUUAAAUAUAUCAGCUGUUCAUCAAGAUUAAAUAAAUGAAACAUUAUCAAAUAAUUCAGCUUAAAAUAUAUUAGGUGAUAGUCAAGAUUAAAUAGAUGAUACAAAAUCAAAUAUUUUAACUAAUAAUCUAACAGAUGUUAGUAAAGAUGCUAGUAAAGAUUAAAUAGAUGAUACAAAAUCAAAGAUUACAACUUAAAAUCUAACAGAUGCUAGUCAAGAUUAAAAAGAUGAUACAAAAUCAAAUAUUUCAACUUAAAAUCUAACAGAUGCUAGUCAAAAAUAUCUGAUCAAUAUUGACAAAGAAUAAAUUUUAUAAGAGAUAAUUUGA